AAGAUCCAUGAACAAGCAAAACAGCCCCAAAUAACAAGGAUCCAAGGAUCAUUUACACACAAAGCAGCACCAGCACCUCCUACUGAAAACCUGGAAAUCUCCUCGACAAUCCCACCCAGGUUUCAGAUUCCUGCAAGAUCUGAUACACUACCAUGCCCUCAAAUUCCCAUCAAUCAUUCAAAAGUAAGUUUGAAACUUUCAACACAUCGGCAGUCUCAAAAUACCCAAAGUUCCAGUCUUUUCGAUCUUAAUGGCAUGGCCUUGUCUUUUCCAUCCUUGCUUAUAUCCACCCUUGUUUCCCUCACUCUCCUUUCCUCUCUCCUCUUCUUCUUCUUCCUCCAAGCCCCACCGAAACCCCCAUUAAUCCACCAAAGAUCCCUCCUUUCAACUUCCUGUAAUUCCCAACACUCUUCUGACAAUGCCCUCGUUAACUACCUUUCCCUCCAUUACUGUCUUUUCAAUGAAAACUUUUUCCUCUCAAUUCCUUUCCUCUGCCUCUUCCUUCUCCUCCAUUUUUACAUUCUCAUCAAAACAGCCCAAUCCCAUUUCUCCAUUGUCACCACAAAGCUCUCUUCUCUUCUCAACUUGUCCCCUUCCAUGGCUGCUGUCACUCUUUUAGCGCUUGGAAAUGGUGCCCCGGACGUCUUUGCCUCCCUCCAUGCUCUCCGCACAGGUCAUUACAGAACAGGGUUUGGAGCCAUUUUGUCAGCUGGGACUUUUGUCUCUGCCUUUGUUGUUGGUUUUGUUGCUAUCUAUGCAGCACCUUUUGGGGUAAAUCCUGCUCCUUUUAUAAGAGAUGUGAUGUUUUAUUUGGUUGGGGCAUUGUUUUUGUUCUAUGUGUAUUUGAGUGGUGAGAUUUUUGUGUGGCAAGCUGUUGGGUUUGUUGGGUUUUACAUCUUUUUUGUGGGGUUUGUGUUUUGGAUGGAUUUUGGGAUUGAGAGAGAGGAGGAGGAGAAGCCGGUUUUGGAGAAGGUGAUGCUGACAGAAGAUUGCCAAUUGCUGGAUAAAGAUUGUGAGAUCGGAGAACUUGAGAGGAGUUUGAAGGGAGAAAAGGCGACUUUUGUAAUUGCAGGAGUACUUGAAAUGAUCUCAAAAGCAUGGGAGGUUCCUAUCUCAUUUCUUCUAAAGCUCACAAUUCCACAAACAUCCCCUUCUGAAUGGAAUAGGUUCUACCUAUCCGCCAAUAUUGCUCUUUGCCCUCUAGCCCUCUUAUAUGCUUGCAACUCAUUCAUGCCAUUAGAUCACCCCAUAGUGUUCCUCCUUCCAAACACCCAUUUCCCACUCUGGUUUGUAGUGCUCUUUGCAAGCUUCUCUCUUGCGCUUCUUCACUUUAUAUUGGAAAAAGAACCUCCAAAGAGUGAGCAAAUCCCUGUAGUGGUUGUGGCUUUUGUAAUGAGUGUGUUCUGGAUAUCCACUGUUGCUGGGGAAUUGCUGAACUGCUUGGCAGCUCUUGGAUCACUUCUUAAAUUGCCUCCUGCACUCCUUGGACUCACAGUACUUGCAUGGGGAAACUCUGUGGGAGAUCUUGUGGCUGAUGUUGCAGUUGCCAAAGCAGGCCAUCCGGCAAUGGCCAUGGCUGGGUGCUUCGCCGGACCAAUGUUUAAUAUGCUUGUUGGGCUUGGAACCGCUUUGCUAAUGCAAACAGCUAAUGUUUAUCCAAAAGCCUAUCAGCUCCAUUUUCACAUCGGUAUUAUUAUUGCAUUUGUCUUCUUGCUUUUGAGCCUGAUGGGAUCUCUAUUGGUUAUAACUUGGUCUAGAUUCCGAGUGCCUAGAUUUUGGGGAUUCUGCCUUGUUGGCCUUUAUAUCAUUUUCACACUAGUUAGCUUGAUCAUUGCUAAGUUUUCUGGGUGAAUGGUCUGAUCCAUUAAGCUAAAGACAUUCAAUUCAUUUAUGCUGAUGGGUGGAGAUUCGAGAACUUCAAAUUGUCUAAGCAUUUUAAGGUGCCAGAGAAGUAUAUAUUCAAUUGUGUCAGAGGAGGAUGAAUGCAAGGAAUUGUGGGGGUUUUUGUCUGCAAUUUCUGGAUAGGUCCUGUAUCUUGGGGGAUUAUAAUGUAUUUUUCAUCUGGCCUUUCUUAGAUUCUCCACUAGUAUAAUGAUUUUAUUGUUUAUAGCAAAUUAGAAUAUCAUAUACAGAUCAGAAUAAUUUAUCUGUAAUAGGACAAUAGUCUGAGCAUAAUGUGAUUUUUUUUCUUUGUACUCACUAGAUGCAUAUUGGAUUUUAUUAAUGAAAUUCCAAUUUUUUUUCUUA